AUGGUGCUUGGUAAAACCUUCGUGAAGGCCGCUGCCUUGGUGGCAAGUCUGGCUAUAACUUCGGAUGCUCUUGCUGUCAGGAAGCCUAAUCUCAAUGAUAUUAUCAAACCAUACAAGAGAGAGCUUCUCCAGGACCUCGUUACCUGGGAUGAACACUCUCUGUUUGUACGUGGCGAACGAAUUAUGAUAUACUCAGGAGAGUUUCACCCAUUUAGAUUGCCUGUACCUAGCUUGUGGCUGGAUGUUUUCCAGAAAAUAAAGGCAUUGGGAUACAACGCAGUCUCCUUCUAUGCUGACUGGGCUCUUCUUGAAGGGAAGCAGGGUGAUUUCACCGCCGAAGGGGUCUUUGCUUGGGAACCUUUCUUCGAAGCUGCUCAGGAGGCAGGGGUGUACCUGAUUGCUCGCCCUGGUCCAUACAUCAAUGCUGAGGCAUCUGGUGGUGGUUUCCCUGGCUGGUUGUCUAGAUCACCAGGUAUUCUCAGAACAAGAGAUCCUCGUUUCCUCAACGCAACCGACAACUACUCCCGCCAUAUCGGUGAAAUUAUUGCAAAGGCCCAAAUCACUGAAGGAGGCCCAGUAAUCCUCUACCAGCCUGAGAACGAGUACUCCCAAGCCGUGCCCAGUGAUACUGAUUUCCCUGAUGGUGUAUAUAUGGCGGCCGUUGAACAGAAGUUCAGAGAUGCCGGUAUUGUCGUCCCAUCCAUUCUUAACGAUGCCUAUCCUCAUGGCUACUUCUCACCAUUACACCCUGGACCCGGAACAGUGGACAUCUAUGGAUACGACGGCUAUCCUCUCGGCUUUGACUGCGCAAACCCAACCACCUGGCCUGACAACGACCUUCCGACCUAUUACGGAAACCUGCACGAAGAACAAAGUCCCUACACUCCUCACUCAAUUGUCGAGUUUCAAGGAGGCUCUUUUGACCCCUGGGGUGGGCUCGGCUUUGCUCAAUGUGCCGAAUUGCUUAAUGCCGAGUUUCAAAGAGUCUUCUACAAGAAUGACUUUUCCUUCGGAGUCACAAUCUUCAACAUCUACAUGACAUACGGAGGUAAGUUGAUGAACCACGAGCAGGUCCAUGCACCCGAUUCUUUUGAUCCCCUUCCCCCAUCAGAGGUAGAGUGA